UCCAUGCUAUGAUCAUAAAAAAAGUAAAAAAAAUUCACAACUUCUGGACAUCGUGCUUCAACAAAAACACAGAAUCCCCGGAUACAUUAAAAAUCCUUCCACAGAAAUAUCCCCAAAAAUCGGCAAGUCAAUCGUAAAAAAAUCUCUGAACGACAAUUGUCGGAGAAUUUGAGUGAAACAACUGGUGAUUAAAUAAAACGAAUUAUUGUUAAAUGUAAUCAACUCACAAUCAUUCAAGAUAUGGCUGGAAUAUUCGACAUUGAGUUACAUGAUGGUGAUAACGUACCUCAGGAUGAGUCCGACGAUGACAUUAUCGAAGCUGCUGAGGGAGAGUACGAUACUAAUCCGAAUGUAAAUGCUAUUUUGGACUCCGAAAAUGUCGAGAGGGUUCAGUUGUCCGAGCAGACUGUCAACCCAGGUCAGGACAAGGUCGGUCCCAAGGACUUCGAGCUAUGUAAAAUCCUCGGAGAAGGUGGAUACGGUAAAGUCUUUCAAGUGCGCAAGGUCUCGGGCAAAGACAAGGGGAGUAUAUUCGCGAUGAAAGUCCUUUGCAAGGCCUCGAUAAUUCGGAAUCAGAAGGACACAGCUCACACCAAGGCUGAGAGGAACAUCCUGGAGGCUGUGAAGCAUCCCUUCAUCGUCAACCUGAUUUAUGCCUUUCAAACCGGUGGAAAACUCUAUCUCAUUCUGGAGUACUUGUGUGGAGGGGAACUCUUCACUUAUCUCGAUAGGGAGGGCAUAUUCCUGGAGGACACAGCGUGCUUCUAUCUCUCGGAGAUCAUCCUCGCUCUGGAGCAUCUUCACAAACUGGGGAUCAUCUACAGGGACUUGAAGCCCGAGAAUAUUCUGCUGGAUAGGGAGGGACAUGUCAAACUGACGGACUUUGGUUUGUGCAAGGAACACAUUGGCGAGGGAAUUGUCACUCAUACUUUUUGUGGAACCAUUGAGUACAUGGCGCCGGAGAUAUUGACCAGGAGUGGACAUGGCAAGGCUGUGGACUGGUGGAGUCUUGGGGCUCUCAUGUACGAUAUGCUGACUGGAAUGCCCCCUUUCACCGCAGACGACAGAAAAAAAACAAUCGAAAAAAUUCUGAAAGGAAAGCUAGCGUUACCCCAAUACCUCACCCCGGACGCCAGAGACCUGAUAAGAAAACUCCUGAAGAGACAAGUUGCUCAGCGACUUGGCUCUGGCCCCGAGGACGCCAAACAGAUAAUGAGCCACAACUUCUUCAAACAUAUUAACUGGCAGGACGUUAUAUCGAGGAAACUUGAGCCACCGUUCAAGCCAGCACUCAAGAGCGCUGACGAUACUUCACAGUUUGAUGAACAAUUCACGCAAACUGUCCCUGUGGAUUCGCCUGUGGAGAGCACUCUGAGCGAGUCUGCUAACAUGAUUUUUCAGGGCUUUACUUACGUCGCCCCGAGUGUCCUCGAGGGCUUGUACAGUCAGUCCAAGGUGGGGAAUUCACGGAGUCCGAGGCGAAAUUAUCUGGGGACGAGUCAUGGCGGCAGGGGCUUCUCCCCUAGGAGCUUGGAUAUUAGUAAUCGAACGCAUUUUCAGACUCAACAGAGGUUUCAACCCCUCGGCCACAACAGCAUGGAUGACACCGAGAUGAUGGAUAUCGGUCACCUCUCAGGGAACGCAUAGCCAACCGGGAAAUUCCUCCUAAAAACUGCCGAAAAGUCCCCGUGAGCCCCCCCACUUGCUUAAUAAUUUCCUUCCAUCGCAUUAAUUUGGCAAUUUAUCAAUGGGCCACUGGGACGUUAAUCCUCUUGGUAUCGUUUUCAAGUGUAUAUAAAUUAUAAUAUAAAACGUGGGAAAAUGGGCAAUCGACUGUGAAUUUCCAGAACGAGGCUCUUGAUUUUUUUAAUCUAAA